AAGAAUCAGCUGGCUCUAGUGCUUCAGCGGUUGUGGCUGCUGCAGUAAGUGCUGUGGUCGGUGUGGCGGCAGUGACGAUAGGCGCGCUCUUAGUCCGUUUCCGUGGCAAGGACGUACCGAAAAUAAUGCAUUUGGCUGAACUUAGACGGGGAAAAUCUGAUAAACAAACACUGGGCGCUGACACAUCAACGCACACAGGCACUACGAGCUUCAGCAGAGAAUCCAACCGUUUGACCAAGCCAAGCAGGGACACAAUGUCGUCCGAUUGUGCGACAGAAGACUAUUACAAUACCAUGGACAGCGGGUUGAGUUUGAGGGCCCAGGCCAGUAGUGCUAGUCAGUACCAGAACCUCGGUGAGAAAGCACUGGAGCACUCGAGUACCUACGAUGUUUGCACGGACAAAGGGCACGCGCAAGAUCCCAGGCUGCCGGCAUUGCACAAGCAGCACGGCGUUGAACUAAACCUGUCAACCGAUUACCAAAAUCGGACUAAUCUGGGAUCAGCGGCAAGGCCAGGCCGUUGCAGUCCAGCUAAGAUGGCUUCAAUCCACGGCAAUGCAGACAUCUAUGUCAAUGACACGUCAGCCACCGACUAUUCUAACAGCGUAAGUGGGGAAAGUGCUGCAAUGCUGCUGCACUGCAGUGCCGUCAAUCCAACCAGCAGCAUUAUUGAAACCAGCACUGACAUCUAUGGCAAUGAAAUGUCCCCGCCGAACUCCUGCACACUCCUCAGCUCUAUUGAAGAUGUUGGACUGCAGCUUGGCAGCGUCAGCAACAGCAGCACUCGUCUCCAUCACAAUAAAAUGUCUCCAGCCAGCUCUCGCACACACAUUCAACGUCAGGGAAAUGUUGGAGCACAGCACAGUGCCGUCAUGAUCCCAACCAGCAACAUUACUGACAACAGCACCGAUAUCUAUGGCAAUGAAAUGUCUCCAAAAUCCAGUAUCAUCAUGAACGACGACACAGACGUUUAUGGCAAUGGAAUGUCUCCGAAAUCCAGUAUCAUCAUCAACGCCGACACAGACGUUUAUGGCAAUGGAAUGUCUCCGACAAACUCUGUUACUCGCAUUGCCUGUGUGGGGAACCCACCCAGCACCGCUCUCAGUGACGACACAGAUGUCUACGGCAAUAGUAGCAUGUCUCCAACUAACUCCUGCACCAACCUGAGUUGUAGGGGAAGUAGCAGUGUGCAGAUCAAUACAUGUACAGCCGUCGCCCCGGAUAGCAGCAGUAAACCAGUCACCUGCAGUUCUAUCAUGGCAGCUGCAGAAGAUGAUAACGAGUAUGAAUGCGGGGAUGACAUGCUUCCAGCCACAUCUACCAACUGGUGUCCAGUCACAAGCAGCGAGAGUGCAGGCAUCAGUGGAGCGUCAGUACUUGAGUAUGAAAACAAUACGAUGGCAGCAGCAACAGCAGCCGCAAUGUCACCGAGCAUCGAUGCCAAACCUUUGGAAGAAGACGAGUAUGGCAACAACACCAAACCUUUGGAAGAAGAUGAGUACGGCAAUGAAACCAAACCUUUGGAAGAAGAUGAGUACGGCAACGACAUUAUUCCAACGAAAGAUUCUAACAGAAGUAUUCUCUCCAGUGAUGCCAUCAUCACGAGUGGACUAAAUAUAGGUGCAGAUGGAUACCCAGUGGCCGGUUGCAAGGCUGCUGGGACAAUCCCCGAGGAUAUAUAUGAAUGUGGAGAAGGUGCGAUUGCAGAGAAUGUAUAUGAGUGUGGCGAUAAUACGAGAGUGGCCCAAUACCAUGCCCAGUCAACAAUUGAGGAGGAUAUAUACGAGUGUGGUGAUGUUACGGGGGUGGCCCAGUUCCAAGCCCAGGCAACAAUUGAAGAAGAUUUAUAUGAGUGUGGCGAUGUGGUUGCUAAUGCAGCUGGUAACACAAGCCAAUACAAGGGCAAUCAAGGUGACGCCAGGCAGGUGACUACCUCCAGGCGGGGCCAGGUACACAACAGUGGCUCUCAACUGUCCGUAUCCAAACCCAAACCACAGGUACCUACCUUGUCCAAACCACAGGUACCUACCAGUGCUCGACCAGGUCUUCCAGUGCCAGUAGUGCCCAGUUCUCCCCGACCUGGUGCACCCAGGCGCUAAGUAUCUGCCUUCACCCGGAUCACCACUGAUUCCCCCGACCUGGUGCACCCGGGCGCUAGGUACCUGCCUUCACCCGGAUCACCACUGAUUCCCCCGACCUGGUGCACUCGGGCGCUAAGUACCUGCCUUCACCCGGAUCACCACUGAUUCCCCCGACCUCGUGCAACCAGGCACUUAGUUAGCUUCUGUCAGUACCCGGAUCAGCAGCACAGAUUCUCACAUGCUGCCAGUACAUCCAGGCACUAGGUAUUUUCUAUUAAAUACUUUGUAUUUAUCCCUGCCAGUACUAUCCAUACUGAGUUCUAGACAGCCUAGUGUACGCAGUUUUCCAAUAGCAGUUGUAGCAAGGUCGUAGCUGGCUGCUUCCCAUCUCCCAUUACCUCUCCAAGUGUUGAUGUGUCCUAGCGUACACGAUAAACUGUUGGUAAUGUCCGCACACUCCAACGCAGCCACUCAGACAUGAUGAAACUUCACUAAAAUAACUCCAAUGACGACGCUCUGUCUCUUAUUGUAAUAGGUAGCCGAGUGGAGGCACGGUGCUUA